AUUCAUUCAAAACAGGACCACACAGUAUCAAUUUAGAGCGUAACACGUUAAUCUCGUUUCAGCCAAUCGUACUAACACACGAUUUGUUUAUGCAAUUGUGUCGUUUUCGGACAUCACUUCCUUUCCGGAUCUACUUUAAGACUGUUUGGUUACUUGUUUAUGCUUAAAGAAGAGCUACAACAUGAAAAUCCUACACUGGUUUACAGCAGCAAACUUUAUUCAGUUCCUGUCAAUGGUUUUCACUCUGGAUCAUGACCUAAACUGUGCAGUAUGCAGGGCCAUAGUGGAUGAGGUCAACUACAGUAUAAGCAAGGUGGAUCCAAAACAAACAAUCCAAGUUGGCAGCUUCAGAGUGGAUUCUAAAGGCAAUCAAGACACCUACAAGAAACCGUAUGCAAGAUCUGAGGUACAUUUGAUGGAGCUGUUUGAAGGAGUUUGUGAGAAUUUCCGAGAUUAUGCAGAGACCACAAACGAUGCGGGUAAAAGAAGCGUUUGCAGAACUAAAGCAAGGGAUGGAAAGGCAUUGGCACUGAAAGAUAUCAAAAUCAAUGCUGAUAUACAAAAAGCUUUGAAACACAAGUGUGAGACAUUGAUAGAGGAACAUGAAGAUGAUAUGAUUGCCCUGUUCCGAAAAGAUGCUCUCAGCAUAGAGGCUGCAGUGUGUGAAGAAUUAACAGGUCAGUGCACAGGGGAGCAACUGAAGAUUCCUAUGCCUGUGUCUGAGUUUGAUGGAAUGGAUGCCAUUGUUGAUGAUGUGGAGAAGGACAGGGCAGCAGUGAAGGAAGACACUGCUGAUGAGGACCAAGAGCUCAUGGACCAGUAUCUCAGAGAUAACCCUAACACUGAUUUCAGUGUGCCGGCUGAUAAAGUCACAGAGUUAAAUGCUGACAAAAACAACGAGAAGACGGAAUUGUGAUGAAAAAUAUGUUAGAUGCUAACUAAUUAUGUUCACAGAUAUAAGAAUGCCCUCACAGUUUAUUAUGAGAAAAAUGAAUUGGUCAUCAAUUUAAUUUUGCUCUUUGAUGCAUCACCUUAUUGAAUUAUGUUACAUAAGCAUUAUGCAUAUUGUUGAUUCACAUUAUGAACAUGUAAUUAUGUAGUGUUUCAUGUUUGUAAAACAAAAUGUUGGACUUCGCAUCCUUGACUUACUGGUGAAUUUAUAAUAUUAUGCCAUUAAUGUCAUUAAAGAUUGAAAGUUUGUAAAAGAUCUUUUAUUGUUUCGUAAUUAUAGUUCUGAAGUUUAAGUCAUUGCAAAUUACCAUGUGCAUUUAAUGAAAGUUGUGUAAGAUUCUGAACUUUAUUUUAAAUGGUUUGUUGAUUAAGGUUCACUUCACAUAUUAGAAAAAUGGUCAUUGGGAAAUUAAGUUACAUUUAUUAAAUUGCUUUGAAAUACGUUCAUAAAAGCCAUGUUUAUCCAUUUCUUACAGAUUCAUGAAAAAACAAAUAUGUUUUCAGGUGUUGAUUACAGUAGGCCUCAAAUCACGCGAUUUUCUCCAAACAAGUUAAAUUAAGUAAAAAUUGUUAAAGAAAUUUGAAAGUUUUUACUUUUAAUAAAAUUUGGCUUUGAUUAUUUUAGUUUUAAGAGCAAGCUUGUUUCUAUGCUGUAAUGGAAUGUAGGCCUAAGUUUAUACAUGUAAUAUUAUAUCUUUAUUUAUUUGAUCUGCGCUCUGGUAAAAGCGGAUUUGAUGCAUGCGCUUAAAUUGUUAGCUCAGAUCCCUGAUCAGGGGUAACACUUUAAACUUUUAUUGAAUUAAAUGCGUACGGUAAUGGCAUUCACUGCUAAACAAUAAUCCAGUAUAGUUGUAAAGUAUGUUCCCUGAUGACAUGGUUCAAACUGCACAGACAUAUCAGGGACACCUUUUUAUGCACCUUCAUGAACCCAGUGGGUGAUCCCAUAGAGCAGUUUUAUUUGUUUGAACAGUUAUGCAUACAUGUCUUAGUUUUGGAUAGAGGGUUAUUGUGCUUUUAAUUAAUGGUAACAAAGUGCUAGCAAUCUUAAAUGUAACAAUCUCGCUACUAUAUAUAUAUGCAGCAAUUGUCCAGAAAAAAUGCUCUCAUAUGUUAUGUUUAUAUUGCUGAUUUCAUUUAAGAAAUGUGAACUAUACUCAUCAUCAACCAGGAUGAUUGCCUCAUGAUCAUGUUUGUGAUGAAAACUGAUAGGUUACAUUGAGCAUAUAUUGUGUAAAAUGUGACAACAGUUGCAAAUUAUUAUAAAGUGUUUGUGAUGUUCAUGCACUAAUUAAUCCUAAUAUUCGUUUACAUAAUUGCAUAUUUAAUCAUAUUCUUGUUACAGAAUUUUGAAUCAGUAAAUUGAGCUUUCAUAAUUUGGAAUAAUGCUAAAAGUGCAAAGAAAAGAUAUAGUAUUGCAUCAAAUUACAACUAUGCAUGUCAAUAGAAUUGAUAAAUUCACUCUCAUUAUUAGCAUUUUAGUAUUUCAUUUUUUAUGACUUAAACAAUUUACAGAAAGCGGCUUUUUUACACAAUAAUUAUUGUUGAAAUACGGGUGUCAUGUUUAAAUAGAUCGUUAAAAUACAAUAAAUACUCGUUAAAAGAAUUUUGUUCAUGACAUUUCAUUUGUUUAGCUGGGAAAUAACAUUCAGUUUCAUAUUGAAUUAGUUGCUACAAAACAGUGGUGAAAGAAAUAAAGUUCUACAAAUCA